CGUUAGUCUUGGUAUCUCUAGCAUUCAUCUCUAGUCAUCAUCGCAAGUGAAGAUACUAUCACCAUGGCUCAAUACCAGCUGCCCUUCAAGCUCGAAAACCCCGACCUGCUGCAUUUCGACUCCUUCGUCGGUAAUAACUGGGUGCAGGCCCAGUCUGGUAAACGGUUUGACGUCCUUGACCCAGGAACCGACACCCCCUGGGCCAGCUGUCCCAACAACACCGCCGCCGACGUCGAGGCCGCCGUGCAAGCCGCGCACUCAGCCUUCCAGACCUACCGACACACGACGCCGCGCCAACGCGCCCAGUGGCUCCUCGAAUGGGACCGGCUCAUCCGGGCCGCCAAGCCCGACCUGGCGCAAAUCAUCACGCACGAGACGGGGAAACCGCUCGCCGAAGCGAACGGCGAGAUCGACUACGCCACGAGCUUCACGUGGUGGUUCUCCGGCGAGGCGGAGCGCGUGCACGGCAGCGUGAGUGUCUCGUCGGUGCCCAACCGCCGCAUCUUCACCGUCAAGCAGCCCAUCGGCGUCGCGGCCGCCCUGGUCCCCUGGAACUUUCCCCUCGCGAUGGUGCUGCGCAAGGCGGGGGCGGCGCUGGCAGCGGGGUGCACGAUGGUGGUGAAGCCGAGCCCCGAGACGCCGGUGUCGACGCUAGUGCUGGCGGAGCUUGCUCGGCGGGCGGGGUUCCCCGCGGGGGUGUUGAAUGUGCUUACGACGGAUUUGGACAAUACGCCGGGGCUGAGCGAGGCGCUGUGUCGGCAUAGUUUGGUUAAGAAGGUGACGUUUACGGGGUCGACGAGAGUAGGAAAGUUGAUUGCGCGCCACUGCGCAGAUGGGCUGAAGAAGGUGACGCUGGAGUUGGGCGGCAAUUGUCCGUUCGUGGUCUUUGACGAUGCGGACCUGGAGCAGGCGCUGGAGCAGCUGAUGGCGUUGAAGUGGCGACAUGCCGGCCAGGCGUGUAUCACUGCGAACCGUGUGUAUGUGCAGGCGGGGGUGUACGACGAGUUUGCGCGGUUGCUGAAGGAGCGGACGCAGCGGCUAGUGGUGGGACAUGGCGCGGCGGAGGGGACAACUAUGGGAUCCUUGACGACGCCGCGGGCCAUCGACAAGGCGCUGGAGCAGGUGGAGGAUGCGCGCCGACUGGGUGCGGACGUCAUCCUGGGCGGUCAUCGCGUGGAAGGCACUCGCGGAUACUUCUUCGCGCCGACCAUUCUGACGGGCAUGAAGCGCGACAUGCUGGUGUCGCGCGAGGAGACGUUUGCGCCCGUGGCGGCGCUGUAUCGGUUCGAGACGGAGGCGGAGGCGGUGCAGCUGGCCAACGACACCAGCAUGGGACUGGCAAGCUAUGCCUUCACGAAGAACGUCGACCGCAUGUGGCGGCUGCUGGAGAGUCUGGAGGCGGGCAUGAUCGGAAUGAACACGGGCAACUCGUCGGCGGCGGAGUCACCGUUUGGCGGGAUGAAGGAGUCGGGAUACGGCAAGGAGAGUGGAUUGGGGGUGGCGGUGGAGGAGUAUUUGGUGACGAAGACGGGGACACUGACCAUCAGUUCAUAAGGAG